GGCCCUCCUCAGUAUAGCGCGAGACUUCGGACGCAAAAGCCGCGCGCGCGCAUUUUUUUAAAUUUCGAAAACUGAACACGAAAACGCGCCAGUGACGUUCAGUUAAAAUUAAAAAAAAAAGAACUGACAGUGUGUUUUUUUCGCAAGUUCUCGUAGAAACAAGUGUUGUUUACUGACGUGCCUGCUGUCAAAACGUUGCGAAUCAAGGCGGAGAAGGUGUGAAAAAAUACAAAACGUCAUAAUGGUCGACUAAAGAUUUCAAAUUUCUAACGAAACGCCGCGGGUACACGAAAAAUGAACUGACGGAAAGCACAGUCUACUCUGCAGAAAGUGAGCAGUGAUUUCAAGAUGGCGCACAAGAUAAAAAGCAAUCACUACGUGGCGACGCAUCGGUCUGGCGGCGACUCGCCAUCUUCUGGUGGCUACCUGCAUCGGUCUUCCAGAGACGAGAAUGACAGUCAUCGGGAGCCUUCAGAAAGAACUUUGUCGGAAUAUACGACAAUAAACGAGCGCACGCGCACGCCAUCUAGCGGCGAGCAGCGCAGCGGGCGGCGGCGCGGCGACUCCGGCGACGAGGUGUACGUCACCAGUGCCGCCUACAGACCACCUUCGGAAAUUAGUCGUCAAUCGCGGGCUCCUCGCAGCGUGUACUCGUACCGGAGCGGAGUGGCGCCCUCUGUCGCCUCCACACACCGCUCGAAAGUCUCCAGAAAGGCUGGCGUACGCGUGGAGGCGAUGGCGACGCCGAACCCGCUGUGCCCAUCUGUGAAGGGCAUGUGCUGCCUGAUGCUGCUCCUCAACCUCGGCCUCAUCCUCGUCACGCUGGGCUUCGUCAUCGUGCUGCAGUUCUUCGAGCCGCUGUUUGUGUGGAUCCUGGGGAUAGUAUUCCUGAUCUUCGGUUUUAUCACUCUAGUGGGCUCCCUCAUAUACUGUGUGGUUUUAUGCCGUGAAAACCCCUAUCCUCGGUACCCUGACGACCUGUACUGGCGGCACCACUGGUCCAAGACCAUCGGACCCUCGGAGAUCCACUACAGCAGUGAAAAGCCCUACCGGAAGUACGACAGAGAGAGCAACAAGGGAUACUCCGAUAGGGAAAGCAAGUUGAGCAGGUACUAGGUUAGGAACACGAUAUACCUGUUGAGGAACAAAGAACAUGAGUGUCCUGUUCAAGGACAUGGUUAACCUACUAAAAAACAUAGUUUUCCUAUUGAGGAACAUGGUUAACCUGUUAAGGAACAUGGGUGCUCUGUUUUAGCAACAUGGCUUUUAUGUUUAAGGAACCAGUUUUCCUGUUAAAGAACACGUUGAAGGACAUGGUUUUCCUGUUUUAGGAACACGAUUUUCUGGUUAAGGAAAAUUUUUAUCCCUUUUAAAUGUACUUGUACCUGUUUAGGAACAUUAUACUGUUUGGUACUUACUAUAUAGGUACUUUUAUUUAGGUAUAUAAUACGUGUAUAUAUUGGUAUAAUUUUAAAAUGGCAGCUAGUACCUACACACUAUUAUAGUAAAGAAAAUAUCUGAAAAUGCCUACAGAUAUGUCAGUAUUUUUAAAUAAGAAAUCUGAUUUUUUAUCUUAGGAAUCUUUUCACAAUUGCUUUAUAAUUUCAUUCGUAAUACUAAGAAAUUAUGAGGAACGUUUUGAGUGCAUUUUAUGAGAAAGAGAUAAAAUUAUAUC